CUGCUAAACUGGUGGCGGUGUUUGCCUCCACACCAUUGAACAAAACACCCAACAAAAGCAAGAAACAAGAAAGCCAAAUUAAAGCAACACCACCUCUACGGCGGCCCGUGGCGGUUUUCCCACUGUCCUCCGCCGCGGCUGCUGCUUAUUACUUUCAUCAGAAAACGGCAUCAAACCCGUGACUUGGCUGAUUCACAGAUUACCCAACGUGUAAAUAUUGAUUCAAUUCCAUAGCUAGUGUGUAUACAUAUACAUAUAUAUGUUGAGAUGGGAGAACCAGAAACCACAACAUUAAUCCAACCAUCACCACCAUCGACGUCUCUUUCACGUGCAUGCAUUCUUGACGAAAGCUGGUGGAGUAACCCCAAAACUAAGAGGAAACUAUCCAAGCAGCUGUCCAUAAACGAAGUCCCCCGCAACAUAGCUUGGGAGAGGCGCCGUCGCCAGAUUCUCCAGCAGGAGAGGAGGAAGAACAGCAUUGCCAUCCAGCAGGAGGCCGCGGAUGAUGAUCAUCUGACACUCACAGACGAGGAUCUGAAAGAGCUUAAGGGCUGCAUAGAGCUGGGUUUUGGCUUCAAUGAAGAGGAGGGACGACGGCUAUGCCCAACGCUUCCAGCCCUCGACCUUUAUUUUGCGGUGAACCGACAGUUUUUGACCAGCCCGAUUGCCAGCCCCGCCAGUACUGGCCCUGCACGAUCGCCGGCUGCCUCCUCAGCGUUCAGUCCCGGAGGCCGCUAUUCAAGCGGGAGCCCGAGCCCCACGAGCGAUCCUGAUUCUUGGAAGAUUGUCAGCCCAGGUGAUGACCCUCAACAUGCGAAGAAAAAGCUAAGGCAUUGGGCGCAAGCAGUUGCAUGUUCUGUGAGGCAAUCCGCUUUAAGGGGUGAGAUGGAUUUAACAGAGAAGGAGAGGGAGACAUGAAAACUAGGAAAAAGAAAAAAAAAAAUUGCUUGAUUAGGCUUGAAAAUGUACAUGUUCUGCGGUGAGGGACGGCGUAGGCCGUCGACAGCUUUCAGUACGGCAAUUUUGAAGGCGAGGGAUGAGAAAAUUGCUUUUCUAGGUUGCAUGAGAGCUUCUCUCACUAAUAGAGGCCGGACAACGUUGUCGGGCUGUUAGAUAGUUUGUUUUUUCUUUCUUUUCACAUACGACUUUUUUAAAAUUAUAAAUGAUCGGCUUUGUGCUAAAUUUGUUUCUUCAUCUCUAUGACGAUCGGUUUGGACAGCCGUGCAUGCAUGGCUUGAUGAUGAUGAUGAUUCUACCGAUGAGACCUUUUGUGAUGUCUUAGAUAAUAUAGUUAGCAUGCGAUUGGUUCUUGGUUCAA